AUGGCUACAACCAUCCAGGAUUGUGCGUCGUUGAGCGCCUUCGAACGCCGCGAACGAAGAAAACAAAAGAUUCUGGCCAACGCUGAAUCCAGACUUGAAAAACUACUCACAGGACAGGAUGGUAAGUAUUUUUUGUUGUAUUGUUUGGUUUUUAGGUUUGUGGAUUGGAGAAUUUGAUGCUAUACUUUGUAAUAAAGUAGAUGAACACUUAUUUGAUCUAUAACAACAUCAUUUGAUGUUUGUAAGUUCUUAAUAGGCUUAGUAGUUAAAAGAUAAACGUAUUACAGUUUUAGGAUAGUUUUUGUCAGAGUUUGUAGGGUUUUCAAACAGUUUUGGAGAAGGUUUUUAUAGUAGUAUUGGGUAAUGAUGUAGGUAGACUUGUUUUGGUCUAAAAUAUGGUACCUGACUAGAUUUUGGUAAGUUUAUCUGUUUCAAACGUGAAACAUAAGUAUUUAUUACAUUUAGCAACACUUUUUUGAUUUUAGCUGAAGUAUUUAGUGUGUUUUGCGAUUUUUUAUAUUGCUUAUGAGAGAUAAAAGAUUGAUAACUGGUUUGAGAGUUUUUGUAAAUUGAAAGUUAAGUUUUGUUAGCUUGAAAGGUUUGAAGGUUUUAUAUUGUACCUUACAAAAUUUAUUAAAUUGUUUUUCUUAUUACUGCUUUGAUGUUCUAGCCCAUAUUGUAGUAGAUGCUUGAGUAUAUUUUUCAUGACUUUUUUACUUAAUUUUUUUAGCUUUUUCCUUUAUCUAUAUUGGCUUUUGUUUCUAUCUUGAUUCAUAAUUGAAUUUUUGUAAAUGAUAAGAAGGUUUGUAAUUUAAAGUUUCAAAAAUAUAAUUUUAGGAGCUCAACGAGCAGCACCAGGAAUUGAUGGUGCUCCAGCGCCAGCUGCAGCUCCAAGUAGUUCACCAACACAGUUAAACGACUCGGAUUGUUCAAUCAUAUCAGCUUCAUCAGUCAAGACGGCUGUUUCGGCCAGUUCAACUAAAACCGCUCUCUCGAUGUCAUCUACAAAGACUGCCAUUUCUGGUACAACGGUGCACACUGGUUUGUCUCCAGAUUCUUCACGAUUUGACGAUAGUUUAAUGGAUGAGACAAUGAACACUACUAACAUUGAAUUUGUCUUGCCGACUUACUGGGACUUUGUUGAUCGUAACCGGGUUUACUUGGUCAUCUUUAUGGGUAAGUUCGGGUUUUAGUUUAUUGAUUGUUUAAUUUUAGCGGGGGAAUACUUACUUCAUUAUUUUUGACGUGAAAUUAGUAUUAAAUUAUAAUUUUUGUUAAAAAAAAACUCGAGAUUUAUUUGAUUUUUGGGCAAACUUUUACGAAAAGUAUAUUACACUUGAUAAAUUGUAAUAUUUCAGGGCUUUUGAUGACAGUUUGCUCACAGUACGGAGUUGUUGACAACAUUGUUUACCCAAUAGUGCUAGUGCAGUUAUCCUACGAGAUUUUUAUGUUCAAAUCGGUAAGUUUCACCUUCUUAUAAUUAUGUUUUAUUAGUUUUUAGGCCCUUGACUAGAUGUUAUCAUAGCUUUGCUUCCAAUUGACUAGAAACUGCGAAUGUGGUGUUAUUUCUUUACCAUAGCAUGGUCUUAUCUUUACUACAAUAAGAUCUCUAACUUCAUAAAAUUUUAGCGCAAGACCCGUUACCCUCGCCACGGCUACGUCGUGAACACGCUGUUGGCCGCCGGCCUCGAUGAUAACAUUGUCGUGAACGCUGGCAUUUUGCUGGACAUUGGUUGGGACUUGGUGGCGGACAUGGUGUUGAUCUCGUUCGUUUUUGUAGCAUCACACGCGGCUUUAAAUGGGUGUAAAUCCGUAAUGCAGAUGAUUCUCGGCUAA